AUGAAGAGUCCUAACAAGGUCCUCUAUCUUGGGGAGCAGCAAAACAUGCUCGAGGGAGAUAAUGUCGACGAGCAAGUCUAUGAGCCCAAUCUCGAUGACGUGCAGGAUAGUGACAAUGAUUGUGCUUAUGAGGACCAUCAUGUAGGAUGCAUUCGGUCCACCCUAGGAGUCAUCAGAUGUGCUUUGACCCAACCUAAGGAGACCGAUGACUUGCGUCGAAGCACAAUCUUCCACACAUACAUCAAAUGUGGGACUAAAGAUUGUAAAGUGAUUAUCGAUAGCGGCAGUUGUAUCAAUGCGGUUUCAAUUAGCAUUGUGUCCCGCCUAGGAUUGAAACCAACUCCUCAUCCAAAUCCUUACAAAGUAUCUUGGGUUGAUACUUCUUCUAUUGCCAUCAAUGAAAGGUGUCUUGUUCCUAUCCAAUUCCUUUCCUAUGAGGAUGAUGUUUGGUGUGACAUUGUACCAAUGGACAUGGGGCACAUUAUCUUGGGCUGCCCAUCGCUCUUCGAGCGAGACAUGACUAUUUUUGGACCCAGAGACACAUGCUAUGUUGCAAGUGAAGGGUUUACAGAAUUAAAAUAUAGUGGGUAUCAGCCUCAUGCAUAUUCUUGGGAUGACUACCCUGUGCUUAAAGACAUUCUGAAGGCGGUCCAUGAGGCACUUCCAGGAAGUAAAUUUAAUAGCUUGUUAUUGAAUAGAUACAAGAGUGGCUCAGACUAUGUGGCCUGGCAUUCUGAUGAUGAGAAGUUGUAUGGACCAACUCCAGAAAUUGCAUCAGUCUCCUUUGGAUGCGAACGAGAAUUUCUAUUGAGGAAGAAGCCAGCCAAAACACCUCAAGCUGCUCGAGGUGCAGAAAAAUCAGCAGGCAAGCGACCAAAGGGCAGCCCCUCAGACCAGCAUGGCUUUGUGCUGAGGCAUGGCUCUUUGCUAGUGAUGAGAGGCUACACGCAGAGAGAUUGGGUUCACUCAAUACCCAAGCGCGUGAAAGCUAAUUCUGUUAGGAUCAACCUCACUUUCAGGCUUGUACCGACCUGAAGAUCUACAGGACAACUACUGACAGAGAUCAGUGUUACUGGUUCAAGAAGGAAUUUAUCUCGAUUGUAGUGGAAACCAAAUAGGCCUCUUGCCCUCAAGAUCUUGUACCCCAUUCGAGGUAUUUAAUUUCCCAAUCUGGUUUCUUUAACACCAUUUUUUGAGGAUAAUUUUGCUCUCACAAUAUUCUAAAUAUAGUUCUUUUGCUGCA